AUGGAAUCUACAUUUAAAAAACCCAAUGAAGAAGGAAAGGAGGUCGAAGAAGGGAGGAAGACUCGGUCUACUAGUAGACCGAGUCUAGCUGAAGAUUUGGUGGCGAGGUCGCCUCGGGUGGUGCUUGAGCGCAUCGCCUCGCCCCAGGAGACGGAGUGUCACUCACGUGACAGCUCCUCAGGAAGGUCGGACCGAAAGCGUCCCAGACGGGAUGCUUCGGACGACAGGAUGUCCGUGGGGGCGUACGCCGCUUCGGACUGUGACAGCGAGGUGUCCAUAGCCUCGUCGACACGGUCCCGCGGCUGCGUCACCCACGGGCGAUAUGUCGGCCUGCACAGGCAGAGAGAAGAGUAUCGGCGGCUCGCCGUGGAGUCAGCGUUGCCGUCCGAUACGCUUAAAGAAAAGGAGGCCGAAGAAAAACUGAAGAGGGAUGAGAGGGCGGCGGUCCGGGAUCUGCUGAGUUCUGGACUCCAGCCGCUUGACCCCUCUUCAGCAAAGGCCAAAAUUGAGGACAGCCUGAUGGCGAUCUUGGAGGUGGCGCGCACCUCCAAGAAUAUAAAGGGCUGCCUCAUAAAACGGCUCAAAGAUGCGGUGGAAGAUAUUCAGGGCGGAAUCCGUGCCCUGACAGGUCCCACCGCAGAAAAACUAAUGGCCGAGAAUGCUCGCCUCAGCAGGGAGGUCAAGGAGCUCCGGGACCAAGUUAAGUCUGUCCAGAUUCAGACAGCCCCGGCAGCCCUCGACUUUGAGGCGAUGCAGCGCGCCAUCAUGGUGUCCGUAGGGACCAUGAUGGACGCCAAACUCGCUGGGAUGUCGAGUCGACUCCCGCCAGAGCCAGUUCUGCGUCCGCCUCUAGCGGCGGACAGGAGACGAGCGGAGGCGGAGGCGUCGGGCCGUGGCCCCAAACCCGCCUACAACCAGGUGCUGAAGGCAGCCCCGGCCCCAAAGCCGGCGCCGAAAACAGCACCUAGGUCGGCGCCGAAACCGGUGCCGAAGCCGGCGCCGAGACUGGCGCCGAAGCCGACCCCAACGCCGGAUCCUAAACCGGCGAAGGGGAAGGCUAAGACGGUCGCGCAACCGGCGCCGGCUCUGGUCCCGGCGCCGGAAGAGGCGCCGGUUGCGAGCACAUCCGAGGCCGUGGACGAAGGGUGGACCACGGUCUCCAAGAAAAAGAAACCGCCGAAGCCGAAGGCGCCGGAGCGCCCCAAGGCUCAGCCCGAGAGGAGGAAGGAAGCCCCUCCUCAAAAGAAGAAGGGGGGCCCGAAGGCUGUCUCUGGAAAACAGCGGCGCAAGCGUGCGCAGCGCCAGAGACGCCUCGCUCGCACCGCCGCUGUGGUGUUAACCAUAACACCAGAGGCGGAGAAGGACGGCCUCACCUACGCCACGGUGCUCACCAAGGCGAGGGCUGGGGUCGACCUAAAUGCGAUGGGGAUCGACAUGGCGGUUGAUCCCAUCCGCAUUCGGAAGGCGCAGACCGGGGCUCGGGUGCUGGAGCUCCCAAAGAAUGUCGGUCAGGAGGCGGCUGAUGAGAUGGCCAAGAAACUGCAGCACCAGACCCGUCAGGUGUGCGGAGCUCCGGGUGUCAAACCUGGAUGA